AUGCAUCCCAAUCUAGAUCACUUCAUCGUCCGUCCCGAAGAGGUGGACGGCACGCCGGGACCAAUCGUGCCACUGGUUGCCAUCGACCAGCUCCCCGACUGGUUGCAGUUGAUCGAUGUGCCUCGUGAGCUCGACGCCGAGCAGACCAUUGGGCUGACCAACCUUGGAGUUGUCGACAAAGAGGACGGCAGCAUCUACGAGGUGCACUUGUGCCAUGACAAGAUCCAGGCUAUCCUGAGCGAUGCCGAUGUGAAGACGGGGUCGAACUCGUCGGGAAGCAAGAAGAACAAAGCGAAGGCCAGGAGAAAGACGAAGAAGAAGAAGAAAGUCGCCUCUCAUGCUGAGAUCAAGGGAAGGAUGAAGGAAAGGACCGCCAGCGAAGAGUCACUUUCCUCUUCAACCGGGAACUCUGCCUCCACCGAGCGAGGCCCAGUCGAGAAGCCACAGCCUCGUGUUCAUCCAGCCGAGCGCAUGCUCAGCGCCUCACGUCACAACGUGGCCAACACUGCUGUGACCCAGGCCCACAACAGCGGCAGCGAGAGACCUCUCCGCCCCCACGAGACAGAAGCCAUACGCGACGAGCGCCGGUCCACUGCCCAACGGCGCACCACCAAGCGACACGCCACGGUCUUCUGCCGGCACUGGUGCCACCAUGGGACCUGCAAGUGGGGACCGCAAUGCCGCCACCAGCACCGCAUGCCCACGACACUGGAGGGCCUCCUCGAGGUCGGGCUCAAGGGCUUCCCGACUUGGUACCUGCUGAUGAUGAGAGCUGCCUCCGCCGGCGGGUUCCCAGGCCUGUUCAACAUGAACAGCAUGCUCAAUGCGCUCACAGACGAGCAGUCUCCCGCUCAGUAUCCUGCCGUCCAGCCGUCAUCCUCCUGGGCUCUCACCCAACACCACAUCCCCGGUCCAACACAGCACUCCUCGCAGCCUUCGCCUCUGGACCUCAGUCUAAUGCAAGGCCGCAUGUCCGCCCUGCUCGCCUCGAGCAAUGAGAUGAGCAACCAGCAGAAGCUGGAGCAGGCCAGGGAAAUGCGCAACCAGCUCCCGCAGGGCACUUACCCCGCCCAGCAGCCGCAUUCCCACCACCUCGCCAACCUCUACACUAACGCGAGUCUUGCUGCCAACGUGGCCAACAUCCAGCGACAGACUGAGCGCCAGCAGCAGGCGAAGAAUGAUCGGCCCGUGGCCACGCGCGUCAAGGCCAGGGCCAUGCUUGGGGACGGCCUUGAUGGCAAUGGUCAUGGCGGAGUUCGACUUGCGGGUGGUGCAAGGAGCAGUGGGCGCAACGGUGGCGAUGCGGGUGCUAUAGCGGGCCGUGACGACGGUGUUGAGGAGAAGCUUUUGGACAUUUGA